GGUUUUCUUUAGACUUCUGAUCAUUCUUGUAGCUCUCUUAAAGAGAGCCCAGAUGCUUCAUUUUCAAGCAUGGUCUUAAAAACCAGCAUUUUGUCACUACUGCAGCUGAGCCAGUUGUUGCCAGUCUUGUAUUUUCCUGCAGCUGAUAGUUCCUGUCGAAGAACUAGAGCGCAUAACCACUUGAGUUACACUGUACCUUUUCAUAUUGCUUCUGAAGACUACUUUAAACUCUAAUCCUAUCCUUCUGUGCUGUUUGAAUAAGGAGGUAGCUGCAUAAAUAUCUAUAGAGGCAGUACUGUAUGGAGCAGGUGCUUGUCCUUGCUUUGAACAAGUAGAUGAUGGGGUCUGGUGUCCUGGGGUAAGAUGACGUAGGAGGCCAGAAUGACCCUUUUAGUGUGGCCUGAGAGUUAUAGGGUGAAGCAAGGUGUACUGGCCUUAAAUAGUAUUCUUUAUGGGUUGUAUCUUCUUCUAAAGGCUGGGUUUGUCCAGUGUAGUGUGUCUUACUCCCUUUCUCUUUCUGAAUGCAGACACUCGUACCCUCUUACAUGCAUAUCUUCUUCCCUAUUUAAUUAUGAAACGGGUAUUUAAUCUGUAAUAGUUCUGACAUGCUGUGACAAUUUCACCAUAGUAUUUGAAUGAACUUGUAGUUAAAGUGGUGAAUAUUUUUCACAUAUAGUCUUUGCUUCUUCAGCUACUUUAAUGGCUUCUAUUUAUUGGCUCACACAUAAAUAUUCAAAGGCUGUAAGCAUACUGAUCUGAGGUGGUUGAACAUUCAGCUUAUCGGCACUAAUGGGAUUUUUCAUCUUAACUGCCAAAUGUAGAGUUCAGGCUUAUGGUGACUAAUUACAUGUAGAUUUAGGGAACUGUACUGAGAAAUAAACAUCGGUUUUAAUUAAGUAUACGAGUUUCUUUUCCUUGUUACUUAGACUUACCAUACAUGAGUAGUUGGGCACUUGCUGUGAAAAUGAUCCCACCGGUAACUAUGUAGUGCACUUUGAACCUGAAGAUGGGACAUGCCUUCCUACUGUGUUAACUCGUAAGCAGUGGCCCUGAACUGUGUGUGAUGGGAGAGAGAAGAAACGCUGCCUUGGGCACCCCUGGGAGCCCUCACAGGAGUCUCUGGGAGAGGUGUGAGGCUGUGUCAACUGAGGAGAUGGGCUGUCUGGAGCAGAAAACACGUGCUUGCUGUUUGCAUUUCUCUCCGACCAGGAGGAAGACGGGCAGGGAGCUGGGGGAGCACCUCGGUGAGCGUAGGCACAAGGGUCUCUUGUAAAAGAGUCCUCUCCUCCCAUAGGAGAAGGUGGGAGCUGACAGCUGAACACACCUUUGCAUGGGGAGGAGGAUUGAGAGGAAGGCACUCGGCUCAGAGGAGUGACCUAGGCUUUUUCUGUUUUGCAUAAACUAUUUACCAGUCAUGCCUCUGCAUGUCCCGUACCUAAGCUGAUAAAGCAUCUAUGCACUUUAAUCUCAAGUCUAUGCCACUCUGCUAGUACAGUGUGAGCUGUGCCUUGAACCUUGGAUAUAAAGACCUACCAGCCAAAGUCUUGCUCCUGUCUUAGUAAUGUUCCAGAGGUUAAAUAACAUGCUCAUGGGAGAGAUUGAUAGCUUGUCCAGCCAAGAGCCAGAGUUCAGUGAGAAGGAAGACGACGAGUGGAUUCUAGUUGACUUUAUAGCAGACACUUGCACUAACUGCUCCGCAGAGGAAGCGGACAUCGCUGAAGCAUCAGCUGCAGACAGCUCGCCCGUGUUCUCUUGUUUACCGUCUCCCUUGGAACACUUGCCAGAGGCCAGCGAAUCUUGCUUCAUCCAGUUUGAGUCGUGUCCUAUGGAGGAGAGCUGGUUUAUUACCCCUCCCCCAUGUUUCACUGCAGGUGGAUUAACCACUAUCAAAGUGGAAACCAGUCCAAUGGAGAACCUCCUAAUAGAGCAUCCCAGCAUGUCUGUGUAUGCUGUCCACAACACCUGUCACAGCCUUAAUGAGACUGGAUGUGGAGGUGAGGAGUUUCGAAGCCCAGGUAGUCCCAGACUGGAGGCCCGAAAUGAAACAGGACAGCGUGUUCACUGCUACGUCACAGCUCUUGCUACUCGUUCAACUUUUCUGGAAAAAAACAAGAGCUUUCGUCCUACCCACUGGUUAAAAGAACAUAAUGAAAGACACUAUCUCAACAGAAACAGUCUCCGUCGCCAAAACCUUACCAGGGAUUGCCACUCCCGGCAAAUCAAGCACAACGGACUGUUUGUUCACCAGCCUUGCCAGCGUCAGUUCAAUUACUGAUGGCUCUUGUGAUUUUAAUCUACAGUCUAAUUUUUUUUAGGUUGCUCUUGUUUUCAUGCAUAGGUAAGUGUGGUCAACCUGAAGCUGAUCAUCAAUCCUUCAAACACAAUCGUAAUUAGUGUUGCAUUCUUUUGAAAUGACACACAAAUUUCCAAACGUCUUGCAGCGAGUCCUAAACGUUGAUGUUAAAUAUCAAUGUAUUGGAAGCCUAUCAGUAUGAUAGCUUGUGUGCUGUUUUAUAAACUAUGAUGUAUAGGUGGGUUCUUAGCUGGUAUUUUAAGAAACUUAACUGAGAUGGAAAUCAGUUACGUUUUGCGUUAAUCAAAGUGGAGUUAGAAAAUUUGAGGUUAGCCGAAUGCUUUAAUGACCAGUACUUGACAGCUUGUGUAUCUGUCUGUAUUCAGCAUAUAUGAUCACUUUCUAACAAGGAAAUACUAUAGCUGCUGGUGGAUAUUACAUAGCUAUGCUGAGCUGUUACAAGAAGGACAUCUAAUCUAAAUUGCCUAGUACCUACUUGUGUUAGUGGAGUCUGUGUAGGUGUGUUGGCUACUUGAUAUAGGUAUCAGAAAAAGGUUAAAUGUCCCCCCAAUAUUGUUGCAGUAUGAUAUGGCACUGGUGUUACAGAUGUAGUACCUCACAGUGGAGUGGAAGGAGAACUGGACCUAUGGGUUAAGUGCAGAUGCACAACCCAGAGAGCUGAACUGUGUUUUACUUGGUACAGUUCAAGUUCUUACUCCCUUUCUCUAACUCCUCCUCUCUCUGUCUUUGAAAGAUAUAUUUCCCCUACCCUAUUUCAUUUCAUAUCUAGUCUAGUUAAAGGAAAAAGAUGGUGGAUUGACUGUUCUUUUAAUCCCAUCAGUAGCUGACUCUUCUUUAAAGAAAAGUCAGGCUGAUGGAUAGCUAUUUCUGAGCUGCUAAUUGCUGUUAUGUUGUCUCAUAUUUACAGAUUGAGAGUAGCUCAAAAGUAGCCAGAAGGAAGGUUUUACUAGAAGUUCUGCUAAUUCUCUCUCUUUCUCUCUCUAUGAAAAUGAAGUCCAAGUUAAUUGUGACUGGAAACGAAGGGCAGUGUUUGGCAGGAAAAAGAGGAUGCUGAAAAACAGUCUUACAGAACUAAACACAGUGAUAACAGGGUGUAUAAAAAUUGAGAUAGAUCGGCAGUUGUUGUUCUCCUAGCCCAUUGGCUGCAGAAGGACUGGAUAGCAAUUCUGUGGGCCAACAGGAAAGAAAAGCCAUUUAAAACUAACAAGUAGUUUUCUCAAGAACACUGUGCAAGAUGUUUUGGAAGUUGGCAGGCACUUAAAAAAAGUGAAGUUCACCUGUUAAGAAAGAGCGUGUAUUACACAGCAGCCACAUGGCGUGCUGAACCCUGAUAUCUGGGAAGUAGAUUAAAAUGGUUAUAGAGGUGAGGAAGUGGAAGUCUGCACUGAAAGAAUGGGGGAAAUAAGUAAGUUUAUCCCCCUUUGGUCAGUGUUUAAUGUGACUCACUGUUUUUUCCUUGUGUUUAGUGCCUAGGGCAUUAAAGUUUUAACAUUACAUUCAACCAUGUCUUCCAGUAGUCUAUAUACAGAAGUUAUAUAAGGAGUCAUGUGAGGAGUCUCUGAAAUUAGGAAAAAUCAAUAAUGUGAAUUAUUCCAGACCUAGGAAGUAUUUUAAAUUUAGCCAAAUGCUUCAAUUUCACUGAAGCAAAACUCUCAACAAUUUGCAUUGACCUCGAUAUAGUGGUACUGUUGCACAUUCUGCAGCUGGAAUUGUUGUGGAACAUGCUUAGUGUACAGGAAAUGGCAUUUAUAACCUCUGUUUCACUGCAGAUGUGCUGCUUCACUGGGAUUAGUUAGGAUUGUUGCAAAGAUAUGUUAACAAAUAGUUAAAUGUAUAAAAGCAAGAGGUGCUUUCCUGGAUACACUAGUUUGGGGUUUUUUUUUUUAAGACAUACUAAUUCAUGUGGAUAGUGAAAGAAGACUAAAUUGGUCACAACAUGAGUUUCCAAAACGGAUUUUGUUACUAGUCUCUUCAGCAGUGUGUGCCCAUGUCCAUACAGCAAUUCUUUUGUGGUCCAAAUACUCUGGUUUAUCUGCAAAUAACUAGUUUCACCGGUCUCUCAUAUGUUCAUGAAUAUUCUUACUUGCCUCAGAUUAUCUGCCUUUAUCACUCCAAAUUUUUGCCUGGCUUAAACUUCCUUCUCCUCACUGCCAACUUUCUAGCUCAGGAAAAUUCUUUGCUUUCCUGUAUUUUUCUUUAUAUGAAAGUAACUACUUUCCUUCAGCUUUAAUUUUCUUAAAGUGAAAUGAAGGAAGAUGGAGUCUCCACCUCUCUGUGUUGGAAGGAGUAAGUAAUCCUUUAACUCUUAACGGGGAGAUGGAGUUGAGAGUAUAAGGCUCCCAGACAUUACAAUGAGAGCCUUGGUCUGUUCUUCUCAGUAGGCAAGUAAAUGCAACUUUAGACUGCUCCUAGAGUUGGGAGAUACUGAUCUUUUUAUACUACAUUACUAGAUGACUUUCUGGUGAUGAAAACCUAUAUCUUUCAGGAUAUAAACUAUUUUGUUGCACAAAGCUGUGCUUCUCAAUUUGUAAUAUUGGAAACCAUAUUAUUGUGUGAGAUAGUACUGCAUCAAUGGCUUUUUGUUAAUUUGUUUUACAUAUUUAUGUUGGUCUAGCCCUGUUUUGUGCCUGGAGCUAUUGGGCAAUUAGAUUUAUUUUGGUUUUCUGUUUUAAUAGUGAGCUGUGUGGCUUUUUAUAUGGGUUUUUGAAUUGUAUUAAAGUGUGUGUGUUUUCCUGUAAAAGUGGAGGCCUUGCACUGUCUCAUAUCGAUUGAUAUUAAUGAAUCUUGCUGAAACUAUUUUCAUAUGUAUUGGUCAAUAGACAGAUUUGCAUUUUAAACUGUGCCUUCUACACAGCAAACUUGAAGAUUCAAAAGGGACAUUUCAGUUAGGAUUAAUACUGUACAUCAGUCUAUGCAUAUAUGGCAGCUUCUCUCCAGAGCCACUUCUCUAUUUGUAGCAGUCCUUUUGAUAUGGAAGAAUGUCUGGCUCUUUUUUUUUAAUAGUUUAACACAAGCUGAAAACCGACAAAAUACAGCACUUUGCCAAAAAGUAGCAUUGCUUAACCAGUGUGUAUUUACUAAAGUGAUCCUCUGUAUUUUGUUUUCAUAGUGCGUUCUGCGCACCAUGGGGAGACGUGAUCUUAACUCUCAAUAAAAAAAUGGCCUAUUAAA